AUGCUCCUGGGCAUUCCUCAGAUGGUUGCAAUGCAGGGCCAGGAGUUCCAGAAGUUUGGCACCAAGAUCUCUGGUCUAAUGGAUUCAGCAGCUGCUCAUUAUGGUUUUGAGGCUGCUUUUGUAGCAUGCGGAAAAGUUGUCAAUCAAGAUGGCUCCUUGGGCUUAGCCAACAUGACACCUGGAGCUGAGGGUGAGGCUGAUGAAGACACCAUCAUCAGUCAUUUGAAAGCCCAGGUAUAUAACCUGACAUCACUCAAUAUUGUUGAAGAGGCCUUUGAAGAAGCCAAACCUGCGAUUGACAGCAAUGUACACAAGGCUGCAACUCCCCCUUCAGAAUCCCUCAAUAUUCCCAAGAAUGGAAUUAAGUGGAUCAAGGAUGAGUUGUAUCAUCAAAUUGAUGUACUUGGUGGAAAACCAACAUCCACCAGGUUGUUUCCAUGGAAGACACUACCAUCGGAGCUCACGUGUAUGUUGAUGGUCAUCAAAAGAUAUCUGGAGGAUGUGCUUCUCCCAGGUGGACUGCAUACCACCGUUAAUAAAGGUAUCUCAAACCUGACUUUGAAGGAGACUGGCAUCCUUGUUGCAGCAUUGAAGGCAGGGACCAUGAGCAUCAAAAAAGUUUCCGAAGCUAAGCAAGCUAAAGUCCUCACUUCUGAGUGCCCAGUACUGGAGGGUGCACCUCCUGCAGCAGAUUCUGUUCACACUGCUGGAUGCUGUCUUUUUGUGAACAGCAAAUCAGAUCACCUGGGAGCUCCAUGCCAGAAGCAGAGUACAGCUGCCACUCAAAUCAAAGGCAAAACAUCGAAGAAAGCAUCAAUACUACCUCCUUCCAACAAUGAGUCUGACAAUGAACCAAAUGUGGCUGUGCUUGUCCACCCCAAACCUCCACCCUCCUGGGAGUUCAAAGUUGUUGCAUGCCUGACAGGCCAGAAGAAGGUUGAGAAGAAGAAGGAGGUCAUCUUGGUAUCUAGUGAUUCUCCAUCUGGCUCAGAGGACCUCAAUGAAGACAUGGAGGAAGCAGCAACCCAUGACACUGACUACGAAGACGAUGUUUUGUCCAAGAAGCAGAAAGCAAAAUCAGAGGGCACCUUGUGA